GCUACAUUUUGAAAUUUCAGAAAAUGCAGAAAAUGAAACCGGAAACUGAAUCCGAAGAGUGAAGUUUCGAUUUCUUCAGAGUUUGUUCCUUGUGUUCCAUGGCGAGAGUGAAGCACACACCAGCUUUGCGCAAAGUUGGUAAAGGUAAAGCCAAAAGCGCUUCCACGUCCACUCCACCGUCACAGCAAUCGCCUGUGACUAGAAGUAAUAGUAGGACUCAACAAAAGGAGCCGCAGGAAGCAGCAGCAGCAGCGCCACAGACGCAGGGAAAGAUGAAAAAGCGCAGUAAGCCAGGAACAGCGGCGCUUCGCGAGAUUCGUCGUUUUCAGAGAAGUUGCGAGCUUCUUAUUCCGGCUGCCCCCUUUAUCAGAUGUGUCAAACAAAUUACACAUCAAUUCUCUACGGAGGUGUCUCGUUGGACGCCUGAAGCUGUGAUAGCACUGCAGGAGGCAGCUGAGGAAUGUCUGGUUCACUUGUUUGAAGAUGGAAUGCUCUGUGCAAUUCACGCUAGACGUGUUACACUUAGUAAGUUGAUAUAAUUUUUUUAAAUUCUUAACCAGAUUUUCCGUGGAUCUA